AUCAUUGUCCAAGCCAGCGCGGGGCAGCCUUCCUAAACAUGGCCGCGCCCGACGCCGCGUCCGCACCAAAAAUCAUUCCCUUCGCGGCGCUCGAGGCGGGGGACGCCGACGCCUGCGCGGCCGUCGUCGAGGCCUGGAAGGCUGGGGUCGCCUGCGUCGUGCGCCUCGCGGACAGGGCUGUCCUGCGCGAGCUCUGGAAGGGUUCCGCGGCCGGCCUCGCGACCGCAGACACCUGGCCGCUCGAGCGGCUGGGCGGCCUGGAGGUCGGCCAUCGCCAGCACGGCGCGCGCGAUUUCUUGGAGACGCGCGCGAUCUGCGACGAGGUGCGGCCGCCGCUCGGCGACGGCGUGCGGUGCGCGUUCGACCACCUCGAGAGGUGUGCACGCGCCGCCCUAAAAGCCGCCUGCGGGCCGCUGGGCGCCGCGCCGGAGACGCUCUUGAAUCUGUUAGACGAACCGGGCCGGCCGAAGCUCUCGGCGUCCGUGCUGCGGCUUUGUAGAUAUGUGGCGCCGGCGGGCGAGCCGCGUAAGCGCGUCUGCUUCGGGGCGCACACUGAUACCACGUUCUGUACCGCGGCCCCUUGCGCGGCGACGCCCGGCUUGGAGGUCUUGGACCACGGCACCUGGACAUCGCCCGAGCGGGGCCGCGACAGCGGCACGGAUGUCCUGGUGUUCUGCGGCGAGUUCCUCCAGGUGCUCAGCAAGAGCUUCUACGAGGCGGCGGUCCACCGCGUGGCGCUCACCGCGGGCGCGGCCGAGUCCGUGCGCUACUCGGCGCCCUUUCUGCUGCGCGCGCGGCGGGACGCGACCAUCGUGCCCGUCGCGGCCGUGGCCGGCGGCCCGCCGCCGCGGCUUUUGGGCUUGCCGGGCCUCUCCAUGGCCAAGUUCCACCGCUUCUUAGAGUUACGGCGGCGCAAGCUCGUCCAGGAGCACGCGCAGUCGAACGACGACUCCGACGACUCCGACACGGGCUUUAUACUUAAGUGA